AUGGCGACCAACAGCAUCAAAUUGUUGACUGGCAACAGUUACCCUGAGCUCGCACGUCUGGUGGCCGACAGGCUUGGCAUAGAACUGACCAAAAUCCUGGUCCUCCAAUACUCGAACCAAGAGACUUCAGUGACUAUUGGCGAGUCUGUCCGAGACGAGGAUGUCUUCAUUCUGCAGUCCACGCCCCCCGGCGAUAUCAAUGAUGCACUCAUGGAGCUGCUGAUCAUGAUCAAUGCAUGCAAGACGGCGUCUGCACGGCGCAUCACGGCUGUGAUUCCGAACUUCCCAUACGCGCGUCAAGACAAGAAAGACAAAUCACGAGCGCCAAUCACCGCCAAACUCAUGGCCAACAUGCUGCAGACGGCGGGAUGCAACCAUGUCAUUACCAUGGAUCUCCAUGCCAGUCAAAUCCAAGGUUUCUUCAAUGUUCCCGUCGACAAUCUCUACGCCGAACCAAGUACUCUACGAUGGAUUCGUGAAAACUUGAAUGUCAAGGACUGCGUUAUCGUCAGUCCUGACGCCGGUGGUGCCAAAAGGGCAACUUCUAUAGCUGACGGACUGAAUCUGGGUUUUGCUUUGAUCCACAAAGAACGAACCCGACCCAAUGAAGUAUCUCGUAUGGUGUUGGUCGGAGAUGUCAAAGGCAAGACGGCCAUUCUGGUCGACGACAUGGCUGAUACCUGCGGUACCCUUGUAAAAGCGGCAGAUGUUUUGAUUGCAGAGGGUGCAAAGGACGCACUUGCGAUUGUGACACAUGGCAUCUUGAGCGGUAACGCGAUCGAGGCCCUCAAUGGAAGCAAGCUCAAGAAGAUCGUCGUUACCAAUACUGUACCUCACGAGGACAAGAAGGAACUGUGUGAUCGCAUCGAAACGAUUGACAUCAGUCCAACGCUAGCUGAGGCGUGUAGGCGAACGCACAAUGGCGAGAGCGUGUCUUUCUUGUUCAAGCAUGCGCCUGUCGACUAA